AUGCUGGCGCAGAUCCAUCGCAAUAAGCGGAGCGCCGUUCUCGUUUCGGUGCUCUUCGUUGCCCUCCUCGUCUACACCUGGCACUCGCUCAACCUCGAAUCGCUGCUGCCCGCGCCUCUGCUGCACGGCGGCCACAAGCAGGUGCCCAUCGUCGCCGCGCGCAUGCACGAGGUCACUUGCCCGGGUCCCAUUGGCGAGCAGAUACCCUCGAAGCGCAUCCCUCUGGUCCGCGGCCGCAACGUCUCCAGCACCACCCACGGCCAGACCCUCUCCGUUCCCAAGGUCGUCGUCCUCAUCUUCUACGGCCGCCGCAACACCGUUUCCAUUCUCGAUUGCUACCUCAAGCGCAACCUCGUCAGCAACGGCGGUCUUAUAGACGAGGUCAUUUGGUUGCGACGUACCGAGAAAGAAGAAGAUCUCGAAUUUCUUCAGAAACUCCUCGACUCCGAGAGCCGUUAUAGCAAACGAGAUGUUGAUCGCACAGAAGCAUCCGGCUUUGCCAGCGCCUACGACGGCAUGGACGAUGACACGCUAUACAUCAAAAUCGACGACGAUGUGGUCUUCAUCGAUGACGACGCCAUCCUGUCCAUGAUCUGCACCAAGCUCACCCACCCCGAGUACUACAUUGUCUCUGCAAACGUUGUCAAUCAGCCCAUGAUCAGCUGGCUGCACUGGAAUCUCGGCGCCGUCCUGCCGUACCUGCCCGACACCACGAAUCCCUACCCAAAGCUCAAACCUGGCGAGCGGGUCGACUGGCGCGCCUCGACGCUGCCCGAUUACGAGGGUCACGAAGAACUUGACAUGCUUGAGUGGAAAUCGCCUGACCAGAAGAAGCACAGAUGGCUGCCCAUUCGCAAUCGCACAGACCACGUCCUCGAUGGCACUCCUAUUGUUCACACCGAGUAUCAUGCCUUUGGCAAAGGCCUCGGUCACUGGCAGAUUGGUGCUCAGCAGCAUUACAGCUUCUUUGAGAAUCUGGAAAAUAAGCAGCUUCACAAGUACAAGUUCAACAUUUGGGAUUUUCAGCUGAAGCGUCUCGGCAUUCAAUUCAUGGUCGUUCUCGGCAAAGAUAUAAAUGGCGCCAAGCCCAUCGGCCAGGACGACGAGCAGCACUUUUCCGUCACCAUGCCUGAGAAGACGGGCCGCGCUGCCGUGGCUGAUGGUAGAGCCAUUGUCGCCCACUACAGCUUUGGUCCGCAGUCCGAGCAGCUGCCUACGACAGAUAUAUUGGACCGAUACCGAUCAUAUGCUGCCGAACAGAUUUGUCGGAAGCCCAUGCUUUGGUCACCCGAAGACGAAGUCCCCAAGCAGCCUCUAUCAUAA